AUGCCAGUAGCUCUGUUCGUCACUGGAGGAGGUGGAAUUACUGGUGGGAUUGAAAUCCCUUCACAAUUACCAGCGAAUUGGGUCUCGCGGUCCCAGCAACACAUCGUGGUCACCAUCAAUUAUCGAGUCAAUAUUUUUGGCAACCCAAAAUCUAGAGCCUUGAAGGACACUUCUCUUACCUUGCUGGACGUGCGAGCAGCGGUUGAAUGGGCACAUGAAAAUAUUGAAGCUUUUGGUGGGGAUUCCGACAAUAUCAUGCUAUGGGGGCAGUCACAGGGUGGCAUUUUGACCCAUCUCUAUACUCUUGCGUUUCCCGAUGACCCCCUUGUCGCGAAGUUUGGUGUUAUUUCCCAGGGAGCAUCGGCGACAUUAGAUCUUUCAACUAGUGGAGAUGUAUACCGAGAUUUCGAUAUUGUCGCCAAAGGGCUAGGUUGCAACUAUGGGGAUGACGCUCAGGCUGAGCUUGAGUGCAUGCGCCAGGUUUCGUGGGUUCAAAUCGAAGAAUACAUUAAUCGGUACAACAGUACACCAUCAAUUGCAUUUACAAAUUAUCUUCCCGAUGAAAAAUAUAUCUUUCCAAAUGAGACCGAGCGGUAUUUGAGUGGCAAGGUUGCUCGAGGCCCAUCCAUCCGAUCCGAUGCCGCUAGAGAGUUUCCUAGCACAAAUACUACAUCCGUGAAUGAGGAGGAAGGUGAAGCUGACUGUUUGGCCGCCUCAAAUUCAGCUUUACGUGCUUCCCUAGGCCUUGAUACAUACCGUUAUCUAUGGGCAGGGAACUUUACAAAUAUCAGCCCUGUACCUUGGCUAGGUGCUUUUCAUUGGUCUGAUCUCCUCAUGAUUUUCGGAACCUAUAUGCUCGACGUGGGUAACAUCACCCAACUCGAGAUCGACACCUCUGAAACAAUGCAAGACUUCAUCCUCGCAUUCCUCAAAGACUCUUCCGCCGUGAACAGCACUGUGGGAUGGCCUGUCUUUGAUCCAGACGCUGUGAAUGGAGGGUUGGUUAUUGAGUUUGGAAACGGGACCGCUGUGCGGAACAUCACAGCUGACUGGCUGGACGCUGGCUGCUAUAACUCAUCCGUUCCGUUUCGCAUCAAUGGCUGA